AUGAUUCAACAAACUACAACUAAUAAUUUACAACAAACAUCGCUUCAAGGUUCUUAUAUUCCAUCUGCUUCAGCUGCUUUAGGUUCAUUAUCACGUUUAAGUAAAAGAGGAAUUAGUAAUAUUCAUAGAGUUAAACAAAGUGGUAAAGAAUACGCAAAUAAGUUUUAUCCAAGUAGAUUAACUUCAUUCUCUUAUCCUUAUUCUUCUUCCUCGAAGAAUAACAAAAACAUUAAAAAUAUCGAUAAUGUUCCAAUUUCACCUUUAUCAAAAAAUGUUCCUAGUAAUAAUAAUGAAAAGGGAGGAUUUGAUCCAUUAAGUUAUAAUGAAAAUGAUUCACAGAUUUCAUUUGAAUCAGAUGCUACUACUUUAGUUAAUAGCGGCAUAGAUUCUUCACGUCAUGGAAGUGUUUCAUUAAUAACAAAAUUACAUUCAACUUCAAAAAUUGAUACAGUUUCUGAUAUUAAUUUUAAUUUUUCGACUCCUUCACGUACUUCAACAAGUAGUACAUUAUUAGAAAAAGAAGUAAUAUUUGAAGAAGAUGAAAGAUUGAUAUUAGAACCAUGUCCAAAGAUUAAAGAAAAAAUUUGUUCUUUUGGUUUAGAGAGAGCUCAUGAAUUAGGUAAAGAUGACCAUUUACAUUAUUAUCAAUUACCUUUCCCAUGGAGAGAAAAUAGGUAUAUUAUUUAUAAUUAUAGAUUUUAUGAUUCUCAUAAAAAAUCAUUUCUUUCAAUUAUUAAUUGGUAUGGUUGGCAUAAUGAAUCAACAAAUAUUUGGACACAUUUAUUUGGUGCAAUUUAUAUGACUUAUAUUGCAUUUUGGCAAUUCCCAAAUACUGAAAUUUAUCAAUCUGAAAAAGUUCCAAUAAUGGCAAAAGGUAUCGCUUUUGUAUUUUUAUUAGCUUCUAUUAAAUGUUUAUUAGCUUCAACAUUUUGGCAUACUUUUAAUGGUACUUCAUUCUUAGGUUUACGUAGAAGAUUUGCUUGUGUUGAUUAUAGUGGUAUCACUAUUUUAAUUACAGCAUCAAUUCUAUCGAUUGAAUUCGCUACAUUAUUUUCUCAUCCAAUAGCAAUGGUUUUAUUCAUGUUUACAUCUUUGGUUUUAGGUAUAAUUGGAAUAUAUUUAAAUUGUUCCCCAAAAUUUGAUUCCCCGGAGGCAAGACCAUUAAGAAUUAAAUUUUUUAUCUUAUUAGUCGCAGUUGGUGGUUUAUCUUUCUUACAAACAAUAUAUUAUGAAGGAUUUCAUAAUACUACUUCUCUUUUAAUGCCUGUAACAAAUAAAUCAAUCAUUUGGUAUAGUGUAGGUGUUGUUUUCUAUGGUUCUUUCAUUCCAGAAAGAUUUAGAUCAGAUGUCACGGUAGAUGAUUCUAUUCCAACUCAAAAAGAAUUAGCAUCAGAUUUAAAUAUUAUUACCACUCAUAAAGAUAUUCAUUUUAGAGAUGAACCUACUUGUAAUUGUCAUAGAGCUAUGAAGAAUUUAACUUCUUUAUGGUGGGUGGAUUAUGCUUUUUCUUCACAUACUCUAUGGCAUUUCUUUGUUGUCAUGGGUGCUAUUGGUCAUUACCGUGCCAUCAUUGACAUUUAUACAAAGAGAUGGUUAAUAUAA